GGUGAACGGCAGCAUUACGGCUCGGUGUGACGACGAACAGGCGACCGCCAGCGGAAAUCCGGUCUGAGACUUUUUAUUCGUUAUCGACGCUGCUUUAACUGAGGUUUGCGCCGCUCGGUGCUGUUUCCUGGCCCGUUAGCGAUGACCACCUACCGGGCUUUUCACGCUCAGCUCACGUCCAUCAUGGAGGCUCUGACCAAAGCGGCCGUGGCGGAGAUCUGCGAGCUGAUGGACGACAGCUACGCCGUCCUGCAGCUGCAGCUCCGCCGCAGCCGCUCGGAGAACGAGGCACUGAGGAGGAAACUGGAGCUCAUCGAGACAUUCAUCGCCCGGGAGCACAGCGGCCUUCUGCCCGGCCAGCGGGACACCGCUACCGGCGGACCGCUGGAGGACAACGCGCUCGAACACAUGCUGUCAGCCGGAGUGGGCACCAGUCAGCCAGAAAAGGAGGUGACCAUGGCGACCGAACAGGAUGCUUUGUCACAAGCUGCAGAUGAAUCAAAUGAUAAGGACGUUGUGAUAAAGCACGAAAUGACAACAGUGGAGAUAUACAGUAACAAUGCCACAGAACAGCUGAUUCUCAACACUGAUGGAAUGAAGGUGUCACCAUCAGAAUCAGCUGAUAGUGAGGAAAAGCAUUCCAGAGCGAUGAUUGAUGACACAACACAGUUGGAACAGAACAGUGGCCGACCUUUAGAACAAGCCGGGUCUCGGGAAACUCGCAGUGCACCACAGUCAUCCAGCCCUGCAGGGGGUGUUGACAGCAACUCAUCAGAUGUGUUGGGUUUGACCUCAGGAUCAGACUGUACAGCCCCGUCAGCAGUCCCAACGCAAAACCAUUUCCUUGUCAGGUCAGGCGGAACUCCCACCUCCCUCCCUGGAACCUCAGACCUGAAAUGUGGAUUGUCUAUGACCAGCUCUCUGUCCUACAAUGCAAAGCAGGACCAGUGCUCGACAUGGAGCAACCAGGUCCUGGCCAAUGCUGUGCCCAUACCUCACCGGCCAUACCUCAAUCCAGACCACCACAAAGCGUCUGACUUAAACUCUGCAGGGUUCCCUUUAGCACUGGGCUUAGGUGUGCCCAGAAUGGAGCCGCUGGACUUGAACAGAUACUGCCGAGACCGCCGAUACAUCUGUAGCUACUGUGGCAAAGGCUUCCCAUCAUCUCGGAGCCUGGAGACACAUGUGCGAGUACACACCGGAGAGCGUCCGUACAGCUGUGCUCAGUGCGGGAAACGUUUUACACAAUCUGGCCACUUGAAAACACACCAGAGCGUCCACACCGGCGAGCGACCAUUUGCCUGUGAGCACUGUGGCAAAAGGUUUGCCGGGAAGCAGAACCUGAGAAACCAUCAGCAGAAACACCAGCUGAGCGAACAGAGUCCUGCUCUUAUUUAAAUAAGACACAGG